ACAGGAGAAACAUCUGAGACACCCCCUCCCCUCCCCUACACCCACUGUCCAACUCUAGAGCGAAAGACAGUACGGACUGACCGGCCGUCAGUAACAGCGGCGCUGGGCUGAGUUCAGAGAGGAGCGCAGGAAGCACGCAAACGCGUCAGUGCGUGCAGAGAGGAGCUGCGCUGAGGUUCCUGCGUGGAUGCGAAUGAAUGGGUUCGCCUCUGAGUGUGUAUGUGUGUGUGGUGCUGAACUGGGUCAUGCGGACCGCUGGAGGAGCGAAAGAUAAACACGCACCCUCCUCAUCCUUCUCCUCGUCCUCAUCCUCCCGCUGCACGGCAGGUUCAGAUGGUGGGCGCACAGAGGAGGGAUCCCAGCAUGUGUCCCCAUCUCAGCACUGAGCAUCAGAUGCUGCUUUGAUUCCACCCGCCUCCAAAGAAAGUCUCAAACUGAAGAGCAUCUCCAGAAAACAGGGGGGCAGCAGGCUGCCCGCUGUGAAACUGCGAAGGCUUUAAGGUGUUUUUUGUUGUUGUUGUUUUUUAAGAACUCUUUGGCGUUUCUGAGUGAUCGAUAAUAACGAGGAGAACCGGAUCAAACGGAUCGGCGCUGAGCAGAGCAGAGCGCAGAGGCUCUGCUCGCCGAGCGGAUGCAGGACCACGGAGGAGAGAGACAGGUCGCCAGCAGUCUGCCCCACAGCGUCAAGGCGAGCCUGUCUCUUUCUCCGUCUGGACCGGGGCGGGUGGGCAGCGGCGGAGGCUCCCCUACGUCAAAAAUGGGCUACUGCAGAGGGGUGCCCGUGGAGGAUAUGCAGGCCCUGGCCAUCACUUCUCUAUCAGCCGCAGACGUAGCCAAACAGUACGAGCACAUCCGCGAGCUGGGGAAGGGCACCUACGGGAAGGUGGACCUGGUGGUGCACAGGACGCAGGGCACCAAAAUGGCCCUGAAGUUUGUUACCAAGAACAAGACAAAGCUGAAAAGUUUCCUGCGGGAAUACAGCCUAACAGGCUCACUUAGCUGCAGUCCUUUUAUCAUCAAAGUCCUGGACGUGCUUUUUGAAACGGAGGACAGCUACGUGUUUGGACAAGAGUAUGCCCCCGCCGGGGACCUUUUCGACAUCAUACCCCCACAGGUGGGUCUUCCAGAAGAAAUGGUCAAACGCUGCAUGCAGCAGCUGGGGUUGGCCCUGGACUUUAUGCACAGUAAAAACCUGGUGCACCGCGACGUCAAACCCGAGAACGUGCUCCUGUUUGACCGCGAGUGCCGCCGCAUCAAGCUGGCUGACUUUGGUAUGACCCGACGUGUGGGCUGCCGUGUGAAACGGGUGAGUGGCACCAUCCCCUACACGGCUCCGGAGGUUUGCCGCGCUAACCGGUCAGAGGGUUUUUUGGUGACCACCAGCCUGGAUGUGUGGGCGUUUGGCGUGCUGGUGUUCUGUAUGCUGACGGGCAACUUCCCCUGGGAGGCAGCUAUGCCCGCCGACGCCUUCUACGAGGAGUUCCGACGCUGGCAGAAAGCGGGGUGUCCCGUGGGAACUUACCCGUCUCAGUGGCGCCGCUUCACCGACGAUGCUCUGCGCAUGUUUCAGAGGCUCCUUGCCGCUGAGCCGGAAAAACGCUGUGGCGUCAAGGAUGUCUUCUGUUUUGUCAAGUACGAGCUGGUCAGCGAGCUCAGGCGCAGAGCGUCUUGUCGAGCCAAGAGAGGUGAGAGGUCAAGCUCUGGAGUGUGCACCGGCAGCUGCACCUCUUCGACGUCCACUUCUUCGCGUUCCUCCCACAGACACCCCGAGCCUUCCACGCCUCCGGGAACAUCCUGCCUGCGCCCGGCUCCCCUCAAAAGGAGCGUUCUCUCCGACCCGUUGUCUCCCAGAGAGGAGUCCGGACAGCACCAGUCUCCGGGAAGAGACAAGAACAAAAGCCAGAUGGUGAUGGCGACGGCCAUAGAAAUCUGUGUGUGAUCACACUAGCGCUAGCACUGGAGACUAGAGGGCUUUUCACAGUAAUAACAAGCUGUGAAGAGGUGUUAAUAACUAGCACAGAGAGCCCAGUGAAAAAGGAGAAUUUAGACAUGAAAGAGAAGCUCAGGAUCCAAUCCCAAGCAGUGGAAAUGGACAUCAUCAGUCAGUGAUGCACACUGGGACAGCUUAUCACUGACAUUCAAUACUAUUCAGCUUUUGAUUUGUGACCAAAGACUGCUUCCCAAGCUGAGAAGCCAUGUUUAAGAGUCUGUUGUCACUCCUCAAGGCAGCUCAUUAUUGCCACCCUAACAUUUGUGCUCUCCUGCCCAUACACUGUGGUGGUGCUUAUGAUAUUAUAUUUAGAUUUACUCCGUGUCUCUUUACUUUAGUGUUUAUUUAUGUCCAGGAGAUCCCCCAAAUUCUUCUGAACAGGCGACCUUUUCAGACGGAAGCUUGUUAUCAGAAGGCAAUCUACGCAAUUACAUUCAACUGCCAUUUCUCGGACUUCCUGCAAACUUCCAGUGGAUAAAACUCAUAGAUGUUUUCAAGAUAAAGUUUUACAAAGAUAAAAAUGAAAAAAAAAAUGUAGCAGUCUGUAUGAAGCAUCUUUUCAUGUAGGUGUCUAGACUGAGAGGCAGACUCUCAGCGAAAAGGCAUCAGCUCAGGACACUUCAGUGGGUCACUUCCUGUUUUAUUAUUAACGAGAAUCCUUUGAGUGGCUGGAAGACACAUCUGCCACAUCUUGAACUGCUCUCAGUGAGAUUCAUUUCCAAUUAAACGCAACUGAAUGCAGGGAUUGUGCAUUUUCUGAGUGAAAAUGGUGGCGAACACAGGAGGCGAGGAGGAGAAAAGGCUUUUUAUUGUUUCUUUUCUACCAGCCAUGUGCGUUUUUGGACGUGUAUGUGUGUUUCGGAUGAAUACAACAACAGGAAAAAAAGCACAAGAUUUUUUUGUAAAUGAACUCUUGGAGAAAAGGUCGAUAUUGUACAUAAUUUGAUAGGAGGGCACCGUAAUAUCAGGUAGUUCAAUGAUGUAGCUGUAUUAAUUUUCUACAACAGGAAAGGGUUUUACGGUUACUGUCGGGGUCAAUGCAUCAUAUGUAGCAUCAAAACAUGACAGAGUGUAGAGUCUAUCAUUAAAAAAAUAGAUGUGCUAUGUAGAAAUAUCACUUUCUCUAUCAUCGUAGCAGCUGCUGGUCCCCUUUUUCGUUUUUCUUCUUUGACUGUUUUGGGUUUUAAUUUGACUGGGUCUUAACCCUGGCCAGACACACAAAUUAAUUUAUUCCUGCCGUGUCCUUUCACCCCAGCCUAAUCACGGGCAACACACAUUCCCUGCAUAAAAAAAAAUCAUUAUGCUUCCUGUUUGCCAAUUGCAGCAGCAGACUGUCUUAAUUUGAUCAGUUAAGGCUAACGAGAGCCCCUGUGCAGGUUGACACCUUGCAAUUGUUACUCGGUAUAUGUCGCCGCAGCCCCUCUAUUACUUAAACAUUGUCUGGAAGGAUGACCUAAGUCUCAGCCAUUAACAAUGAGCGAGCUGUUGAUUGUUCCCGACCGGAGCAGAGCCCCGGCUUCAGCUUCCAUCGAGAUACUGCUUAUUAGGAAUGCAUCUAACCGGAGCAGUGUGUUCUACGCUUCACUGCGUGCUAAUUACCUUUUUUUUUUCUCUCUGCUUGAACUGCUUCACUCUUAUGUCAGUCAGGUGUGUGUGUCCACCUCAGCUUUGUGCGAAUGUGUUCUCGUUUCAUGUAACGACUCCUCUUGUGACAGCUCAUCACCUCUGUCCCUGUACUGUCGGUACCAGCGCUCCUCAGGUUUAAUAGCUUCUGCCCGCUUCUCGAAGACUAAUUGAGCUCCAGUGAACAAAAAAGAAAAGAGAAAAAAAGUGCUCAUCCACAGCUCCUCAUGACAAUGAUUUAGCUCAGUGAGUCCCAACCUUGAGUUCAUGAACCCUGGCUACUUCUGCGGUAGUCACAGGGUACAUAGAAAUAUUAGGUGAAGAAGCUGAAGAGGACUGAGAAGUAAAUGGCAACCAAACAGAAUGUAUAAAUUAUCAUUGAUAUAGUAGCUCAUCCGGCCCAUGACCCAUCACAAAUCAUGCAUUAAAUUAAUCUGCUGGUUGUGUUUCACACACUAUGAAUUAAAAUAAUCUGAAAAGUCAAGGAGGCUCACAAUUAAUCGUAUCCUGGACAAAAUCUGGCCACUACUCUAGGAGGAGUCGCAAUUCCUAUUAAACUGGAUAAGUGAAUGUCAAACAACAAUUGUUAAUUUAGUCUUGAGCACAAUUUGGGUUAAAACACAUCAGUGUACAAGUUUAACUAUAACCUGACCAAUACUUUAAGAGGAGUAGUAAUUUUGGUUAAUUAUGGAGGGCCUGGGGGAUUACAUAAGCUCAGUGGUUCUUGGGCCAGAUAAGCUAAAAUAGUAAAAUAGUAAAUGAUUAAAAUAGAUUGCUUAAAUAGCUAAUGGAUGAAUUAUUAGUUAAGAGAACUAAAAAAAGACAAAAAUAUGUUGCCAAGUAUAUUGGAUAACAAUUUAUCAGUUAGCUAAUGAAUACAGCAGCUAGCAAGAUUACAACAAAAAAGUACCUUCUAAAAAAAUUACUAAAAACUGUGUAUGAUGGAUGUGGUUAUUGCUACAUCACCUCCUGGUUGCUGAAGUCCUUUUUGAAGCCUCGAGUUGAGCUGCUGUCAUCUUGGUUGCAAAGUAACAGAUGCGACUUGUGAUUGCCGGGCCGCUAGCUAAUGAGUUUUUGGUUUCACGCCAAACUUAAUCUUCAUUUUGAAACAUAGUAUGAGGAAGAUUUACAAAACAGACUUAAUUUUUUGUUCAGCAUAAACCAAAGUAAAUGAUGGAGUCCCUUAACUCAGCAGGUAAAUAGACUUCUACACGACUGGUAGCCUUUUUGCAGCCACGGCUAGCGCCACCUGCUGGUGUUCCGAUAAAAUGCAGGCUUUUAGAAGCUGUGCCAAUUUUUUAAACUGUCAAUGCUAAAAUUGUUACUAGCAGUUACAUUGUUAGAUAACAGCACUGAGUAUCAACUGGAAUAGCAUAAUAAAAGUAUAAUUCACAGUUGAAUCUGUUAGCUAAAAGUAGCAACAAAAUUGUUACCUAAACAUAAUGGAUAAUUUGUGAAACUGGUAGAUAAUAGCAUUUAAAUCAUUUUGCUAAAAGUAGUAAACAAGUAGCAAAUGAAUGUACUGAAAUGUAGGAUUAAAGUACGACGAUAGUAGUAAUGGAUGGCCAAAAUAUCUAACUGACUAGCUGAGCGUACAGCAAGCUAAAGUUGUCCAGUUUCAGUUAUUUCAGGUGAAUACCUUUAAAUAUAAAAGCGGACUGAUUUUGAAAGCUAUGGAUUUGAAGUGUUUUUCAGAGGCUAUAGGGUCACGUCAUAUGAAACAGGGUUGGGAACCACUGAUUUAACUUAUUGUACUGAAUGACACAUUUUCCUCCAGCAAAUAAUCAAAGCUGAUGAUGGUCCCUAUCAGUUUCCUUGUCUCUUUCCAUCUUUACUUGUGGUUCUGUAGAGUUGACCAUAUCAAGGCCUCUCAGAAGGAUGUACUGUAUACUGAGAUGUUGGCUGCCUCAAAGAAUUAAUCAAAGGGUAAUCCUAGAGUAGAUGGUAGUGAAAUGUGAAUUAGCUCUGCCUUAGAACUUGUUGUUUACUCUAUGUAGGAUCUACAUAAAAGAAAAAGACAGGGAUUAGACUGACCUUCAGUGUGCAUUAGGAAAUGUAAAGUAGUAGUCUAACUUAAUACAGCAUAACACCGAGUAAGGUGUAUUGCAAAGUUCAACAUGGCAUUACGGUGCGUAAACAGGGGCGAAUUUCAGAUGUGAGCAGCUGCUGCUUUGUUUUAAAUCAGAGCCAUUAGCAUCAUCAAACUGCUAUCUAUUGUUCUAAUGUGUACUGUUGUUUCUCAUGGACUGUUAUGACAGGAAUUGUCAAGUUUAAUGAUGAGGUGUCAAAAUCUAUCGAGUUUUAUUUUAGCUCUAGAGAGAGUAGCCUUCGUCUUAGCCUGUUUUUUGUUUUUUUGUUGAAAAAUCGUAGAAGCUCAUGUAAAUACUGUAUGUACUGUGUCUUUAACAAAAUUUAAAAAGGAAUAUACAAAAUGUUAAUAUAUGUUGAAAUAAAU